AUGACACUUGAUUAAGCUUCUUGCAGUGAUGAUAGUUCGAUUAGGUUGUGGGAUAUGAAUACAGGAAAUAUAAAAUUUUUAAUAAAACGAAGGAGCAAGGUCAAAAAUGCACUGUGA